CAUUACAACAAAAUGUAAGGACCUCUGCUGUCUUCUUGAAAAUAAAGGGAUCUGAGAGUUAUUUCAACAAAACUCGCGUAUAAUUUUCUGGUUUAGUUAUUAUGCCAUAUUUGUCCUCCUUCUGGUUAACGUCCGUCAACACCUUUAUUCCUUUUAUUUAUCUAAAAAAAGGGUCAAGUUCUCCUAAAAUUGCACCACCAACUUCAGACUAGUUCCAUCUCUUGGACUUUUCAACUGCCGCUUCUGCUCUUUGUCUCCACCGUCCAUCAGUCAUCAGCACAUAUUACCAUCCAUGUUACGAGUUGCUUCCACAAUCGGUUCUCAAAGCAUGCACUUCACUGAGGAGGAAUUGGAGAGCAUAGUUAAUAGCGAUAGGAGCAUCUGUUCUAUUCUUCUCCACACUGUCCAUCAUCACCUUUAUUGCAGCAGAUUGAGGAAUAGAAUUCUUAUUAGGAAGAUGUGGGACAAGUUUGAAGCAAGGGAGAUGUCACAGAUACAUGUGUUAAAUAAAGACUGGAUAGGGAGAUGACUCAUGCUAGGGUUGCAAGAUUUGAGGUAAAAAAAUGAAAUUAAACAACCUAG